AAAUAUUUUGGAUCAAAGGUUACUCAAUGUCUGGGGUCACAUGACUUAAUGAGUUUAUAAGCACGGAGACAUGCGUGGACAUUUCACCUCUUAACAUAUUUGGGCAUUUUUACCUAAUAUGGAAGAGAGGAAAAAAAUUGGUACGGAUGCAGAAAUGUCAUCGAAACUGGACCAAAACGUGGGACUACUGUCAGGCGUAUUUCUCAUUAUGGGUACCAUGAUAGGGUCUGGUAUUUUUAUUUCUCCUAAAGGUGUGCUGGAAGGGACAGGCUCUGUUGGUAUGGGCCUGAUCACGUGGAUGGCAUGUGGAUUAGUUGUCACUCUAGCGGCAUUAUGCUAUGCAGAACUUGGAACUAUGAUUCCAAAAUCUGGAGGCGAACAUUCCUAUUUAAUGUACACAUAUGGAAAAAUGGAUAAAUGCAUAGGCCCGAUUCCAGCUUUUCUCUAUGACUGGGUUGGCUUGUUCAUUAUACGACCGACCAUGUUCGCCAUCAUGACGUUGUCUCUAGGUACCUACGCCAUUAAGCCCUUCUUUCUGGAUUGCAAACCACCCGACUCUGCCGUUAAAGCAGUUUCCUUAGCAGCCAUCUUUGUUAUAGCUUUUAUCAAUGGAUACAGCGUACGAAUGGCCACAUAUAUUCAGAAUAUAUGUACAGUGGUGAAGCUGAUAGCUAUUUCAGUACUGACUGUCGGCGGACUGAUCAAAAUCAUACAAGGCAAUCGUGAAUACAUCCAGGACGGCUUUCAGGACACAGAGAGUGAUGUAUCUUUGAUUGCUAUUGCUUUCUAUAACGGACUUUGGGCUUUCGACGGCUGGAACAACUUAAAUUUUGUUACAGAAGAGUUGAAAAAUCCAGGAAGAAAUCUCCCUAUCUCAAUCAUGAUUGGCAUCCCAUUAACAACAGUAUGUUAUAUUCUGGCCAACAUAGGAUACCUGGGGGUCAUGUCAAAAGAGGAAAUCAUUGUAUCUCACGCUGUGGCUGUGACCUGGGGUCGGUAUAUACUAGGAAAAGGAGCCUUUAUCAUGCCAAUAUUCGUUUCUAUUUCUUGCUUUGGUGCCGCAAAUGGCUGUUUAUUUGCUUCAGGAAGACUGUGUUUUGCAGCAGCCCGUGAAGGUCAUUUUCCUCAGGUUUUCUCUUACAUAAGUAUUAACCUGAGGACUCCGCUGCCGUCCAUAAUCUUAACUGCGUUUAUAGGAGCCUGUUUAAUCAUUCCUGGGGACUUGAGCACUCUGAUCGACUUCUUUAGCUUUUCGGCCUGGAUUUCCUAUGGCUUUACUGUUUUUUCUUUGUUAGUUCUACGGAGAACGGAACCAAAAACAGAGAGACCAUAUCGGGUCCCGACUAUUAUUGCGAUUUUUGUGGUACUGACGUCACUUUACCUCGUUAUGGCUCCAAUUAUACGUUCUCCACGGAUUGAAUUUUUGUAUGCAGCACUAUUUAUAGCCAGUGGUAUUUUUCUAUACUUCCCUUUUGUAUAUAACAAAAGUAGAUCCUCCAUUGUACAGCCUAUAGUAGAUUGGAUCACUGCAAAGAUUCAGAAGAUAUUUCUAGUCGUACCUUGACAUUUUUUUAUUUGUGAUAAAUGAUGUACUUAGAAACAAAAUUGUGAACUCAGUAGUAUGCUUUUAGUGUUUCCAAGAGUAACUGUUGUGAAAGUCAGUAUGCAACAAUUUUUUUCAGCAACAAAUCCUACAUUGCAUGGGGGUAUCUGUUGCUAGAAUAAAAAUCCCUCUUUCAUAUUAGCUUUUCAAAAAGAAAUUUUUUUAAUGUAGAAUGCAAAAAAAAAUUAGCUUAACUUUUGGGACAAGAUAGGUAAAAGAAAAGAUAACACAAAUUUAAAAUAUACGUGUAUGAAGUUAUGAGUUAUGCGUGAGCGGGUUA